ACGAGCACUGAGCGUCUCAAAUUGUGGUGCAGUCGCCUUCCUCAGUCAUCGCCAGGAUGAUCCGCGUUUCUACAAGAAGCCGCGCUAUCAAUGUAGCUCUCCCAACCAAAAUGCUCCGAUUCGGAGCGCCGCCUAGUCAUUGCGGUUUUAUGCCUCCCGUGUUAUAAUAGCCCUGGCUGAUCUCGACAAGUUGUUGUUUCUAGUUUUUCUGUCUCUCUUUUCAUUGCUCCUCACCAUGCAUUUGACAUCUCUACACCCGUAUGCUUUGCUUGCGGGAGCAAUUGCUCCUGCUGUAGCCAGUACUCACCAUCGUACGAACCAGUCUCUCGUUUCAGACAUCAACUUCAUUUCUCAGCAUUGGGGUCAGAUCAGCACAUACGCCGACAACUCCGCCAAUGCCUUUGGCGUCAAGGACGUCGGCCUCCCCGCUGGAUGCCAGGUCGAACAGGCUCAUACUCUGCAGAGACAUUCACAGCGUUUUCCCACCGAUUACGUCGAUGAUGGUGCAUUGGCAGAAGCCUUUGCUGAAAAGCUCACCGAGUUCAAGCUCAACUCGUCGGCUACUUUCUCCGGUCCCUUAUCUUUCUUGAACUCGUAUGUGUAUCAGAUGAAUGAAAGUUACCUGACCGGCAUCGGCGCUCGGACCGAGUUCAAUUUGGGUGUCGAUUUCUGGAACCGCUACGGCAGAAUUGUAUACAAUGCCUCUCCUGGACAGGUUGGAUAUGAAGCAGACUACUCCAAUGGAACUGCCAGACCUAAGCCCGUCUUGCGUACAACCAGUCAAUCGCGUAUCCGUGAGAGUCAGAUCAAUUGGGCUCUAGGCUUCUUUGGCCCUACUUACGAAAAGGUCCCUGAGCCGAAGUUGACUGACUUUACCUCUGGUGAUUUGUUCGAUCUUGUCAUUAUUCCCGAAGGCGGCACCGAAAACAACACCCUUGCGUCCUACGAUUCAUGUUUCAACGACUUCAUUUCUGGCAUUGGUGAUCUUGGUGACCAAGAUGUCUUUGUCUACAUUCCGAGAUACCUCCAGAACGCGACUGCCCGUCUGCAACAAAAUGUCCCCUCAGGCUUCACCUUGACAAACAACGACACUUAUGCCAUGCAGCUGAUCUGUGCCUAUGAACACGGCUUCAUUGGCAUGUCAGACUUCUGUGACUUCUUCACCGCAGAUGAAUGGGCCGGCUUUGAGAACACCCUUGAUAUGGCCUAUUACUACGACUACGGAUACGGUAACCCAACAGGUAGAGCCCAAGGUAUCGGCUACGUCCAAGAACUUCUCGCUCGUUUGACACACCAAUACAUCACCGUCUCCAACAGCUCCGUCAACAGCAGUAUCACCAAUAACUCUGCCGACUUCCCUCUGGACCGCCCCUUUUACGCCGACUUCAGCCACGACGAUAUUAUCGUUAGUGUCCUCACAGCCAUGUCUCUGGAUUACUUCCGCGACCCUCCUAGCCUCACUCAGUUCCCUCCCGACCCUGACCGUCACUUCAUUCUCUCCAAGAUGACUCCUUUCGGCGGCCACCUUACCACUGAAGUUAUUGGCUGCUCCAACCCCAACCCUGCUACUGUCGGCAAAGAGCGCGUCCAAUACUACCCCGAGCAAUAUGGCUACAGUGCCUCCAACGCAACUCACAAAUUCGUCCGCAUGCGUCUCAACAAUGGUAUCCUGCCUUUGGACACUCUGAGAGGAGGUGCCUGCAAGGGCCGCACUGAUGGUAUGUGUGCUCUGGACAAGUUUGUCGCCAGCCAGAAUGCUUCUUACGCAUUGAGUAACUACGACUAUGCUUGUUUCGGCAACUGGACUAUUGCAAACACCACCAACGGAUUUGACUACGAUGGCACUGUUCGCCUUGGUCAAGCUGGUAUCUUGGAGAACACACAGCCUGGCAGUGAUGAGGAGUGAGAGGUCACUUAGAUAUGGCGUGCAAAACCGUAACAUGUAAAACAAGAUGACGAAAACUAAUAUGUAGAUAGUAUGAGAUGAUGAAAAGUAUGUAGAUAGUGUAAGAUGGUUAAAACUCAUGUGUUUCAUCUGGAAAUUGUCAAAGCAAAAUUGAUAUCCUAUAACACCACUCCAUUAUACCAUCACUACAAUAUCAAAUGAAACUCUAGAAAACACCUC